AAAAAUAUCGAGUUCAAUGAAUUUUAUUAAAGCAUUCCUGUGAAACACUGAAAAAGACAAAUGUCACUGAUAAAAUUCGCGAAAAACUGUAGUUGGCAAUUGACAUAAUAACUUAUCCAUUUUGUCUAUCUGCUCUUUGUACCGACAGAAUGCGCUAAUGUUGAAGUCAAGGUAGAUGUGUUCAGUACCCGUAUAGAACUGUGAAUAAGAUGUCUAGUGCUUUAGAAAGUAAAAUUUUAGAUCUUCAAGCACGUUUGAAGGCCGAAAACGAAGCGAGAGAACGAGACAAAGCCUCGAGAGACUUUGAUGAUGUUUCCACUAGUCCACGGCCGCCAGCUAAAAAUAGGCCAAAGCAAUCAGUAGUUGCAGAUGGAACUCCCACCAGGCCUCGUAAAUCUUUAAAUCUUCAACUCAGUUCAGGAUUGCAACAAAGAAACCAAGAUGCUGGAGAAAUUGAAAGUAAACUUCAAGAAAUAAUGAAGAUGAACGGCAUAUUAAACAUUAAUGGGAAGAAGUACCAGACUGAAAUAAAAGACCUAGAACAUCUUGGGGAACUUGGCAAUGGGACAUGUGGACAUGUUGUAAAAAUGUUACAUAAGCCUAGCCAGACAAUAAUUGCUGUCAAACAAAUGCGACGGUCAGGAAAUAGUGAAGAAAAUAAAAGAAUCAUUAUGGAUUUGGAUGUGGUACUUAAGUCUCACGACUGUCCAUUUAUAGUACAGUGCCUUGGAUGUUUCAUCACUGAAUCAGAUGUGUGGAUUUGUAUGGAAUUGAUGGCUACAUGUUUUGAUAAACUGCUCAAACGACUGCGAAAAGCUAUUCCUGAAGAUAUAUUAGGCAAAGUUACAUAUGCUACAGUAAAAGCUUUACAUUAUCUGAAAGAGACCCAUGGAGUGAUUCAUAGAGAUGUUAAACCUUCUAAUAUCUUACUUGAUGAAAAAGGUAAUGUCAAACUGUGUGAUUUUGGUAUAUCUGGUCGCCUUGUGGAUUCAAAAGCAAAGACAAGAAGUGCAGGCUGUGCAGCAUAUAUGGCACCAGAAAGAAUAGAUCCUCCAGAUCCUGCUAAACCUGAUUAUGAUAUUAGAGCUGAUGUUUGGAGCUUAGGAAUAACACUAGUAGAGCUAGCAACUGGAACAUUUCCUUACAAAGACUGCAAAACAGAUUUUGAGGUGCUUACAAAAGUCUUGCAAGAUGAUCCUCCUUCGUUACCGGAUGACCAGUCGUUUUCAACAGAUUUUGACAGCUUUGUGAAUUUAACCAAGAAUUACAAAAAUAGGCCAAAGUACAGAAAACUUUUAGACCAUCCUUUUAUGAAAAAAUAUGAGACUGAGACUUGUAAUGUUGAUGUUGCAGAAUGGUUUGCCCAAGCUAUGCAACAAUCUGAAGUUAACUUGUCAUGUAAUUCCCCCAUUCGAAGGCUUACUCCUCCACCAGCAUCUCCAUCAAGUCGCCGUCAUCCAUCUCUCUUCCAUGCACAUCAUCGUUCCUUAUCAGAAACAGUGCGAUCACAUCCAAAUGGAAGUAUGGAUGGUGGUAGUGGAAGUAGACUUAUAGAGAGGUUGCGUUCUGAUCCAAAUAGCAGGAUAGGCCCCUGUGAUGUUGAUCGAGCCACACCUCCACUUCUACCUCCAUCUCAGCAAGGAUAUUGGAAAGCACCUCAACCUCCUAGUGAUACAGAAUGGGAUGAAAACAGAGUUGUCGGGAGCGGGUUUGUUGGGUCGCCUGUACCUGGCCGGAAACGCUUCCCUUCUGAACCACCAGCCUACCAACAGUAUCAUCAUAAUCAUGGAAACUCCAGUUUUCUAGUCUUGCAGAGGUUCUAUCAUCAACAGAAUCAGCACUUACAACACCAAAACAAUCACCACCACCUCCACCACCAUCAUCACCACCAUCACUUAAAUAACUAUCCUCUUCAACAUCAAUCUUCUCUGACUCAUCAGUCACCUUCUCCUGAAUCCAAUGGAGAAAAGUUAGAUGAAGCAGGCUCUACAAAUGGAGUUGGGAAGAAACGGUUUGCAUCCUAUAUAAAAUUUCAUCUUGGUGGAGGAGGAGAUUCACGAAGGAACUUUCCACCUCCAAGGCCAUCUCGUCACGGUUCCCCUGUUCCCAGCCAGAGCCCUGAACCUCCCCCUAGACUUAGCAGAAUGUCUGCAACUAAUACUCCAGAAAGUGGUACUCCCAUUCAUGGUUCUUCUCCUCUUAUGAUGAGACGAGGAUUUCUUGAUGUGUCUCCUGUGCGACGUAGUUUUGCAGAGGGGUCACCGUCACUUUCAAGGAGGUAUGUCUCGCCUUCACCUCCUCAACCACCACCUCGAAGGCUGUCUGAAAGUAGCUCUGUUCCGGGUUCACCUCAGCAUCGAAGAGUGGAACAUUUCCGGGCAAGAUUCCACUACACCCCAGAGCCACAGAGGCGAGUAUUCAGUGGAGGGGAUUAUCAGGACCUGUGAGGUACCUGUGUAUUAUUGCAAGCCCUUUAACCCUAUUAUGAUGGCUGUGUGUUUAUCAUACUUGUGUAGCUUAAAAUUUGCCUAAAGAGAGAAUAUUGCAUGAAUGUUGCAAGUUGUCUCAAAGUGUGCUUGAUGGUUAAGUCAAUACAUAUGACGUGGUUUUGCAUGUCAGUUAUAAUGUGUAAGAAUAAUGGUGUUGAAUUCAGAUAAUGAAUGCUAUCUGAAAAUGUAUUUAGUACAGUAAACCAAAGGAUGUAAUAUUGAAUUUUCAGUGGUCUUACUUGUUGAUUAUUAAAGAUUUCAAUGCCUUCAUGAAUAAAGUUUCAAGGGGAGUAUUUAUUGGAAGACAUAGGCAGUCUUCAUAGAUCCUGAAGACGUUCCUAUAUUAGUAUUUGUGGCUGGUGAGCAUUUCUCUGCAUUAUUGUUCAUUACUAUUGCUUUAUUGUAAUGAAAUGUGAGGCAUUAUUUGUACUUGAGUGUGAACGUGUUUUUUCUGUACUAUGAAAAUGCAAUUCAACUGCAAAAAAAAGUUUUGUUUAAAUAUAAACCAAGAAAGAGUGAGGUGUUUCUUGAGUACAAAGAAUCACCAUUAAGUAAAGGUUCAUUCCAAAUUUUUAAAAUUUAAUCUCUUGGCUUUUGAAAUUGAGUUGUACAGUAUGAUAAUAUUGCCAACAGUUUUUUAUUCAUGUAGAAUGUACUGUGUGUAUAACAGGAUCUGGUGAAUAUCUUGUGAAGUGUUUUUCUGUGCCCAGUCAUUUUUUGUAACAACAUGAUGUAAUUUGUAUGUGAUUAUCUCCUAUUAUAAAGUAUGCUGUAAUAGUAACACCUUGUUUUCCAUUUAUAGCGAUGCAGUAAAAGAUGUUUUCAGUUUAUUAUUAAUAUGAUCAAUGUUCUGCUUGCAUCUCUUGCUAUAAAUGGGAACUUCAUUAUUGAUGCAAAAUAUGUGGAGAAAAUUAUUUUAAAAAUAGACAUUUAAUUCAAUCAUUGUUCAUUUGUUGCAAAUGUGUUGAUUCAAGAAAUUAUUUGAAUGAAUAUUCUGAUAAUACUUCUUGAAUUAUACACUUUGGAUGUCCAGGUAUGUACUGUGUUUUGUUGAUGAUCGUAUUAGUUUUUUAAAAAUUUUGUAAUAUUUUGUUUGUGCUGACAUAACUUGAUAUAACAGACAAUAUGAUAUAAAGGUUGCAAAAAAAUUGUGGUAUCAGAAUUCGAGGAUAUGAAUGAAAUUGGUAAUACAUCUCAAAUUCUGCAAAAUAUUAGUGAUUUUAGAUAAUAGCAUUAUUCUAACAACUUGGAUUUUUCUUUUCUGAAAAUUAUGUGUACAUUUUGCCAAGUAGAAAGUUUUGUAUUUAAGCUCAUAAAAGAGUUAGAAUUAUGUUAGAAAAUUAUAAUUUUUAAUUUUAAAACAUGUGGGUCGUGUUACAUAAUUUCUUGUGAAUGGAAACUUUAUUUACCAGAGACAGUUGUGAUUGUAAAGAUUUUGUAGACAGAACAAUGUAGAAAACCUAAACAUUGCCAAAGUUGGAAGGGAAGCAAAAAUUGUCUGUAUUUAUAUUCCCCCAUUUUUUCAAUUGUAAGUAAAUUAAUUAGUUGUAAGAUUGUGUGAAUGAUAAUUUAACUUUUAUUACCACUUACAAAAAAGAACGUAUAAGUAAUUGCUUAUAAUGUCAGGAAUUGGUAAUUACCAAUAAAUUGUGUUGAAGAGCAUUGUGCAGAUAACUGUACAUACAGAUACUUAUGUAAGGAUGAAAUGAGGUAUAUUGCUAUUAAUUCAAGAAAGAAAGAAAAAAAAAACAGUAUCUAGUCAUAUGGAUGUACAAAGUAUAAUAAUGUCCACAUAUAUGUACCUAAUAUAUUGCUCAGUAAGGGCAAGUCUGUAAAUGGAAAAUAAGGUGAUAUUUGCAAAGUCUAGCUUAAACUGGAGAGGAGUAUUCUUUUCUUCAAUUUUUGAUUGUCUUGAUUGACUAUAGUUCUGUUUGACUUCUAGAUUCAGUGUGGCAAUUAUAUUUUCAAGUUAAGAACCCAAUUAUUUUUGGUUUCGUUAAGAAUUCAUUAUAAUAAAAGUACAAAACCUAUUCUUAAGUUUAAGAAAGAUAUUUGCUUUCCAUUUUGAAAAAAUCCUUAACAUUCUAAAUUAAAUUAAUACGUACUUUAUUCAAAUAUAAUAUGGAUUUUGGAUAAUUGAACCUGCACUACUGAGGAGAAAUAAUAAUAAUAAUAAUAAUCCAUUGUUACUUUUCUUCUUAAGAAGGUCACAACCGCAAGCUGUUUUAGUAAUGUCACAGUUAUUGUGUUGUAUUAUUCUGGUUUUGUAAUUAAAGUUGUUUAUUUUAUUAUGGUUUACAGUUCAAUUAAAAGUGUUUUAUUGUGGCUAUCAUGCAUUGCAUUUUGAGUGUUUAUAAUUUCUUUGGUCAAUUUAGUAGGAAAGAAAAUGAUGGAUUCAACUAAACAAUAAUGAAAAAUUUGUCUGUAUUUUAUGUUUAUCCAGUAUUCAGGUGUACAUUGUAUAUCUUUUUCCCUAAGUACAUUGGUGCUGGAUGUUUCCAGAGCCUAGUUUAAAAUAAUUGUGAUGUAAAUGGUUUUAAUGACAAAACUCAGGGUUUUUAUGUAUAUUCAUGUGUGACUGCUGUUGAGUGAUGAAUUACCAACAUUUAGUGGUACAUAAUGUUUAGAAAUAGCUAGUGAUGUAACAGCAUAACCACCACAGGAGAAAUGCAUCACUUUAGUUAGAUACUUAAACUUCCAGUAUUUUUGUAAGAUCGUCAUAUUGCUAUAGUGUACUUAAUAAAUAUUAGUGAUCAGUCAGGUCUGGUGUGCUUUAUAAGAGCUUGCAUUGAAAAUAUGAGAGUUACCCAAAUCCGGAUGUUGUAAGUAAUAAAUUUCUGUUCUUGUUUUUAAAGCACCUGGACAUAUUGCCUUGUUUCAAAUUCCAUUUUUCUGCACUAUUCUUUUUUUUAAGGAAUUGUUUUAAUUUUCUUUAUGUGUUUUAAUAUAUGUUGCUUAAUCAGUCAUUUUAUUUGUAAAUUUGAGUUCCUUAUUAUUUUCUGUUUUCUAGCUGUAAACCAGGCAUCUUGUUUUUAGGAUGUAAUGGAACUCUUAUUUGUUUUCAUGUUUUGUUAUAUCUUGCUCUAAUACUCUUCACCAAAUAUUAUUGAGGAAUUGUUCCAUAUCGGAGUAAAAUUACCAAUCAAUCUAGUCAAUGAAUAAAGAUAAUCCAAAUGAUGAGUUGGUGUAUUUUUUUGUUAAUAUUCUUUUUCUUUUUGUGCAUCAUUUUACAAACUAGACAUUUAUUUUUCUGCUACUUGUAUUAUAUUGCUUUGAUUCUUUAUUGUUGAAGAGAUAAUGAGAAAAUAAAUAUGAAAAUAUGCUGCACUUAAGUUUAGCUUGUAUGCUCAACAGUUUUCAAGAUUUGCUCGAGUACCAUCAGUUCUAAAAUUGGAUUAUAUAUUACAGAACUAUUUUCAUUGGUGUAGAUAGUAGCCAUUGAAUGUUUUAGGAACUAUUAUUAAAAGACUUUUGUGUAUAUUUUGGUAAUGGAAGUAUUAUUUUUGUUGAAAGGAUUUCAUUGUUAUGUGAUGACUUUACUGGGGACUAUUUUUUCCCAGAAUACAAUGCCCACAUGUUGAUGAUCGUGAAACUCUCCUUCCCACUUCUGAAGUGAAAUAUAAAAGGUAAUGUUCUAUACAAGAAACACUUGCGGUUUUUAUUCAUGGUAUUUAUUGAUUGAAAUUUUGGAAUACUGAUAUUUUCCAUUUAGAGUUUAUAUGAAAUUCUCCUUUCUAAUUCUCCCUUUUUCUUUUCUGUAAUUAGUUGAGGUUGCACUGCAAAUUCAACACUCCACCACAUUGCCACGCAUGUUUUGAUGGUAAUUACUUCAAGUUGUCAUUUUCUCUAAUUAUUCCUAAAAUAAUUGACUAGAUGUGUAUGAUGUAUUGCUACUUCAUAUUUAAGAAAUAAUUUGAGUGUGCACAUUUUGUAAAUAAAAUUAUAAUUAUAAUUUUGAAUCAUUAAAGUGUUUUACCAGUAUUUUGGCUUUCUUAUGAGAAAUUCUACAUGAGCUUUGUGA